GUCACAGCUGGUUCCCGGUUGGGAUCUGAGAGACUUUGCAGGGGAUGGUCCCUCGAUUAAGCAGGCCGAUUUCCUCACCAGAGUGACAAAAAUAGGGGCUCCUAAAAGGGGCUCCCUUUUCUGCAUUUCCUUGGGGAAUGAAACCCAUGAUCUUCAGUUCCUCAGAGAAGUGAAAGUAGCAACAUGGAAUCCAGUCACUCCUGUUAUCUGCAGCCUUUAUAAGUCAGCUGAGCCCGAGGAGGUGGCCCAGAGCCCGCGCACGCCAGACAUCGCUGUCCUCUCGUGAAGCCCGAGCCGAGCCAGGAUGCCUCAGCCGCCGGCCUGCCUUCUGCUUCUCUUCCUGUCCAUCACCAGUGCCCUGGCCCUGAGGCUCUGCUCCUUUAACGUGAGGUCCUUUGGGGAAGCCAAGAAAGAAAACAAGAAUGCCAUGGAUAUCAUCAUGAAGGUCAUCAAACGCUGUGAUAUCAUACUCCUGAUGGAAAUCAAGGACAGCAACAACAUGAUCUGUCCCACACUGAUGGAGAGACUAAAUGGAAACUCAAGAAGAAGCAUAAAGUACAACUAUGUGAUUAGCUCUCGGCUUGGAAGAAACACAUAUAAGGAACAGUAUGCCUUUCUCUACAAGGAAAAGCUAGUGUCUGUGAAGAAACGCUACCUCUACCAUGACUAUCAGGCUGGAGACUCAGACGUGUUUUCCAGGGAACCCUUUGUGGUCUGGUUCCAGUCACCCCACACCGUUGUCAAGGACUUCGUGAUUGUCCCCCUGCACACCACCCCUGAGACCUCCGUGAAAGAGAUUGAUAAGCUGGCUGAUGUCUACUGGGACGUGAAACGCCGUUGGAAGGCGGAGAAUUUCAUUUUCAUGGGUGACUUCAACGCCGGCUGUAGCUAUGUCCCCAAGAAGGCCUGGAAGAACAUCCGCUUGAGGACUGACCCCAGGUUUGUUUGGCUGAUAAGGGACCAAGAGGACACCACGGUCAAGGGGAGCACCAGCUGUGCAUAUGACAGGAUCGUGCUUAGAGGACAAGAGAUCAUCAGCUCUGUUGUUCCCAAAUCAAACAGCACCUUUAACUUUCAGAAAGUUUAUGAAUUGACCGAAGACGAGGCCUUGGAUGUCAGUGACCACUUUCCAGUUGAGUUUAAACUACAAUCUUCAAGGGCCUUCACCAAUAGCAAGAAAUCUAUCUCUCCAAAGAAGAAAAAGGUCUGU